UAUACAUAGGAAGCUGUUCCCGCGUGUGUUUGUGUAACAAUGUUAGGAAAUGCAUGCAAUGCCCUUUAAUGCAAUGACAAAACUGCGUCCAUGGCGGGACAUCUGAAGAAGCAGCUGAAAGAUGCAGUAAAAAUCAUCAGCUCCGGUAGCCUUCUCUUUGCCUCUUACCUCACUGCGGUUGGGGAUGAGCGUUUCUAUGCCAACCAGCUGAUGCCCUUGCUCCAGAGGAUUGUGGGAGCAGAGACAGCACAUGUGUUGGCAGUGAAGAUGAUCGGUCUGGGUCUGGUUCCUCUGAACCACUAUCAGGACCCGGCAUCAUUGGAAGUGAACGUCCUGGGCCUGAAGUUCAAAAACCCUAUUGGGAUAGCGGCGGGUUUUGAUAAGCAUGGAGAGGCUGUAGACGGAUUGUACAAAGUUGGCUUUGGCUUCGUUGAAGUGGGCACAAUCACUCCCAGGCCUCAAGAGGGGAACCCUAAACCACGUGUGUUCAGACUCACUACAGAUCAUGCUAUUAUUAACAGAUAUGGAUUCAACAGUUGUGGGUUGGAAGACGCACGACAGAGGCUGACAGCAAGACAAGAAACACAGAAAGAGCAAACUAAAGCCGGCCUUCCCUUGGGCAUCAACCUGGGGAAGAACAAGCUGUCCCAGGAUGCGGGGGCAGAUUACCUCGAGGGAGUGAGAGUGGUGGGCGCUCUGGCUGACUACCUGGUGGUCAACAUCAGCAGUCCAAAUACGCCAGGACUCAGGGAUCUACAGGGCAAGGCUAAGCUCCACCAGCUCCUACAUACGGUGUUGAAGGAGCGCGAUGCCCUGCAGGGAGGAUGCAAACCUCCAGUGCUGUUGAAGAUCGCUCCUGACCUCACUGCACAGGACAAACAGGACAUUGCUGAUGUUGUCGAUGAGCUGGGAGUGGAUGGCUUGAUGGUGACAAACACCACGGUGUCCAGACCAGAGACGCUGCAAGACGCAAACAAGGCUGAGGUUGGUGGGCUCAGCGGCCAGCCACUCAAAGACCUCUCUACCAGCACUGUGAGAGAGAUGUACAACCUCACCAAAGGUAAAGUGCCAAUAGUUGGAAUCGGAGGUGUGGCCAGUGGGCAGGAUGCCAUGGAUAAGAUCCGCGCCGGUGCAUCGCUUAUUCAGCUUUACACAGCUUUCACGUACCGGGGCCCCCCCAUAGUGACCAAGAUAAAGAGAGAAUUGGAACAACUUCUUAAGGAACAAGGUUUCAGCAGCGUCUCAGAGGCAGUGGGAGCAGAUCACAGAGGAGCAGGUGUGGCGACUCCUUAACUGAUCCUUCUGAAAGAGAUGGUAAAUGUUAACACAGACUCAGCACCUGUAGCUGCCGUGUCCUCAAACCAGAAAACAAGAUCCACCAUGUUCACUGAACUGUGACGAAUGCUGCGCAUUUAAGAUGGUCCCUCCACCGUCCGAUUAUUUACAGGAGCAGAUGUUAUCUGAACUGGUAUUUCAAACCAUUUUUACAGUAUUUAUAGUGAGGAAUGCAAUCGCCGAGGGCACAAAAUCUAAGCUUCUGUCCUAAACUUUAAACACAGGGAAAUAAUAAUGUUAAAUGAUUUUAAGCAUUAAGAAGAUUAGGUGUGUUUGUGAAUUUAUUUCAAACUUGUGUCCUUUGUUACAGUGUAACAGCCUGACUGUAAAAUAUUAAGUGCAUACUGACACCAAAGUGCUUCAACUAUUCUAACACCAGCCAAAUGAACUUCUAUUUAUUGAUUUAUGAAAAAGUCAUUUGGAUAGAAUAGCCAAACUUGUCAAGCAUUUUGGGAAUAGUCUAAUGUAGGUGUUAAAUUUGCUGUAAAACUUUGUCUUAUUCUUACAUUUGAUGUCUUUACCUACGUAUGAUGGAGUACAACAACUUGAUGUAGACAAAGUGUGAACAACAAAAAAUUCCUUUUCACUUGACCCGCCUCCCCUAAUGAGAGAGGACCUGAAGCAGAACCUUUUAUGGCAAGUGUUUUUGAGCUCCCUGUGUGGAGGUACACUAUGUCUUUACUUUAUUGGAAAGGCUGUAAAUAUGACACAAAAACAACUGGUAACUACGAUACUGUAUUUUCAAUUAAAAAAAACAUGUUUUCUGAUUCAUUUAAAUUUGAACCAGUUCAUUCUAAUUUCUAUUUGGACGACCAUUAUGUUUUGUCCAUCUCAAACUGAAACUGUUGAAAGCUGACCUAUUCGUCUUCAGUAUUCUGUAAAUUAACAACAUUGUUUGUUCCAAUGCGAAAGGAAACUGAUGUUAGCGCCUGUUUCAAGACAUACAAAUAAUUGAUGGUGCUUUUCAAGAAUUCUGCAACAAGAUAAAGUGCUUAGAGUUAUAAGGACAAGGAACAAGCAGUGGUUAUUCAUGGACCCCAGAGGACGAUCAAUUGACAGAUCUAGAAAUCUUGAUGUCAAAUGAGAAUAAAAUACCUCAAAAUCUUUUCUUACA